GCUGCGUUCAUUUCAGGAGUAUAAAACAGAGCUGACUCGGGGGGCGGAGGAUAUUUGUGUGUGUGUUUUUGUGAACUUGAACAUGGUGCAGUUGACUAAAGCUGGGAUGAAAAACCCUUUAUCUCUAAAGGCUGGUCAUCCUCCUGCAGUGAAAGCAGGAGGAAAACGAGUUGUUAAGAAAAACAGUGAGGAUAAUGUAACCCCGGAGAAGGAAAGCAAGAGGGCCGAUAAACCCAGGUCUCUUACCACCUUUACCCGGAUGCAGCAAAUGGGUAUUUUAAUAGGAGGCCCACUAGAGAAGUUGGGCCAUGAUUUCCCCGAGACUCCAGUGUCGGUGCGGCACGGGAAGGUCAGACCAAGCGCAGAGAAACUGCACAUGCAGCGCUGCUUCUUCAUCCAGCAGCCUCGCAAGUGUUGAGCCAAAACCACUAGCAACCGAUGAACCAGGAUGUUAGUUUAUGUGCAUGUGCAAAGUUGAACAGGAAGUGUGUAUGCUUGAGGUGAAUGGUGCAUAUCAAGGACCUGAGACAAAUUUCGUAUCAGAAAUCUUUGACUCCUCACUUGAAGAUUUUCUCUCUAAGCUUUCAGAGUUUUUUUUUUUUUUUUUUUUUUUUUUUUCUAUUCUCAUAGCUUUGCAGGACUCUAUACACAUUCUAUUUGUUUAAGGUGUGUAGGUGGUUUUAUACUGGCAUAAAACACAGCUGGAAGUCUGAUUACCUAGCAGAAAAGAAUGCAUGAGCUCAUGUUUACUUGUUAAAUAAAUAUGUAUUGCAUUACUGAUAA